AUGCCGCGAGACCGGGGCUGGAGAGCUUUUAACUUGCAGAUGGAAACACGUUCGGCUGCAUCGACCGAGGAUGACGUUGGCUCAGAGAGCAAGGGCGGCACAGGUGGGGUUUCGCCUGGCGCAGUUAUUCGAUUUGGCCUGGCCUCCGAAUCCCGACUGUACACCUUCUCGACCGAGACCAAGGAGCACCUCCGCAAGUUUCGCCUGACUACCUCCCGGGCCAAGGAUCCCCAAGCCGUCAUUUAUAUGAUCGACAAAAAUACACACGAGAUCCGUCAAGACGAUGACAAGACUGUCUACACAUCCCUCGACGAAAUUGCUGACGACCUCCCCGACCACUCCCCCCGAUUCGUCCUCCUCAGUUACCCUCUGACCAUGCCUGACGGACGGAUCUCCGUUCCAUACGUCAUGCUGUACUAUCUCCCCAUCACGUGCAAUGCGGGCAUGAGGAUGCUGUAUGCCGGCGCCAAGGAGCUGAUGCGCAACACAAGCGAGGUUGGCAGGAUUGUGGAUUUGGAGACGGCGGAAGACCUGGAAGAGAUUCCUGGGAAGCUUGAAUCUGGCCACUGA